AUUGAAGCAUUUUGUGUGUUUGAUUGAUAGAGUACCCGUUUAAAUCUCACAGCUUAUGUUGCGAACCCGGUGUGAUGAAAUUUUUGUUUAAAAUCCAUCUCGUUUUCAACAUGACAUGUUACUUUUGUCUUCGGUAACUGUUGAGGACCACUUACUGAUGCCAACAUGAGCCGGAUGACAACCGACCUGACUUUUGACCACAUCAAUGACUUUUUUAAACUCGGGGUGAAAAAUCCCCGUAUGCCAGACACGCUUGCCAAGAGCAGCACAGGAGGCUGGGGCAUAAAUCAACCGCGGGAAUUGGCGGACGAAGCCGAUGCUAAACAAGUGCCUAGCUACCGACGAAAUCCGCAAGAUGCAUAUCACCAGCAGGAGUACGUCCAAAAGUACCAGAAACAGUGGGAGGAGGAACGGAUGCAAGAGCACGGGGCUGGUGCAGCUGGGGGCGACAUCACAGCUAGGAGCAUACACUCUAGCCUGUCUGAUUUGGAGAGCAUGACAGAGAGUGAUGUCUUCAGCAUGCCCAAUGAUGUCCCAGCUGAGCUGGCUUCCAAGGUCUACCACAACUACAACUUUGAUCACACGUACAAUCCUGCCCUUCCUAUCACAGAGUACAAUGAGCAGGUUGUCAGGACCAUAGAGGCAUCUCCAGUGGCCAUCAUCCAGGGCCCUACAGGGAGCGGCAAGACGACCCAGGUCCCCCAGUACAUCUUAGAUUACUACGCCACGCAAGACAGACACUGUAACAUCAUUGUGACCCAGCCCCGCCGUAUCGCGGCUAUGAGCAUCGCACGACGCGUCUGCGAGGAGCGACGGUGGCAGCUAGGAAGUCUCGUGGGAUACCAGGUUGGCAUGGAUCGCUGUACUUCAGAUGACACACGUCUGACGUUUGUCACCACCGGUGUGCUGCUGCAGAAACUCAUCAAUGGCCGCACCAUGAACAAGUACACGCACAUCAUUCUGGACGAGGUUCAUGAGAGAGAUCAAAACAUGGACUUUGCCCUCUUGGUGACCCGCAAGCUACAAAGGUCAAACUCGAGACACGUCAAGAUUGUUCUUAUGUCGGCGACCUUUGACACCUCGAUGUUUGCGCAUUACUUUGCCAUGCCCAUCGCAGGGAAGUUGGAAGACGCACCAGUCGUGAACAUUGAGGGCAUAGUUUAUGACGUGCAGGAGCAUUACGUUGAGGAAAUUGCACACCUUGGACCGUACAUUGAAAGUGACAAUGGGGAUCCAAAGAUAACCAAUGAAGCCUAUGACCUUGCUAGAGCCUUGAUCCUUCACUUUGAUGAGUUGGAAGUAGCCGAGCAAGGAGACCAUGAGAAGAGUGGGCGAGCUCAACACAGGGGUACUGUCUUGGUAUUCCUACCUGGAUUGGCUGAGAUAAAUCGUCUGGAUGAGAUGUUAAUCAGUGUCCACUCCACCCACAGGCUGUGGGUCUUACCACUGCACUCCACCAUCACAGGCCAAGAGCAAGCCAGAGCGUUCACCAGGGCCCAAGACGGAUUUAGAAAGAUUAUCCUAGCGACUAACAUUGCUGAGAGUUCCAUCACGGUGCCUGACAUCAAAUACGUAAUUGACUUCAUGUUGACUAAGUGUAUGGUGUGUGAUCCGGAGACAAACUAUCAGAGCCUCAAACUGCAGUGGGCGUCCAAAGCAAACGCCAUCCAAAGAAAGGGGCGAGCCGGGCGUGUGUCGUCAGGCAAGGUCUACAGACUCGUCCCCAGGGAGUUCUACGAGGACUGCAUCCAAGAUUAUGGAAUCCCAGAAAUGAGGCGUUGUCCGUUGGAGCAGCUGAUCCUGCAAGUGAAACAGCUGGACCUCGGUGAACCUAAAGCCAUCUUGGCUCUAGCUCUGGAACCACCCAACCUGGAUAACAUCACAAGGACGGUGCUGCUGCUCAAAGAGGUUGGUGCAUUGUCAACGAAAACUGGUGGCGUAAUCACCCACAGUGACAGCGACGGAGAUCUGACGUUUGUUGGUCGGGUGCUGUCCUCUCUUCCUGUUGAUAUCCGCAUUGGUAAACUCUUGUUACUAGGCCACGUCUUUGAUUGUCUCAAGGAGUGCCUCAUCAUUGGUGCUGGUCUUUCGUUGAAGAGCUUCUUUGCCCGACCUUACAAGGACCCACUCAAGGCAUAUGGCGCUAAGUUGGACUGGACAGCCAACUCAUUCAGUGAUUGCCUUGCUAUCCUGAACGCAUACAACAAAUGGGACCACCUCAGACAAACCAAAGGAUUCCUCAGAGCUGGAAUGAAUGAAAGGAAGUGGGGGGAGAAGCACAUGAUCCAAAUUAAUCGAAUCAGAGAGGUUGCUGAAGUGGUGAAGGAGCUUAGCGACCGACUAUCCAAGUACAACAUCCAGUUGCCGAGGGGAAAUCACAAGAAGUUGAACCAGAGUGACCACACCGAUGAUCUGCUGAUCCUCAAGAUUGUCCUGGCUGGAGCGUUCUACCCCAACUACUUCAGCUGUGAACAGCCGGACGAGGUCCACGCUCUGAAGCAGCUAUCUGGCAAAGAUCCUUGCACCACUGUCAUGGUCAGUAAUCUGCCAGCCCAUGCCUACCUGUACAAGGCAGCCAUCGCUAACCUCUUUGAGCAGUGCGGCAAAGGCAAGCAUCUCUACUUUGAGGAAUCAAGGGCCUUUAUAGAGUUUGAGCGCCCUCACACCGUGGCCACUUCAGAAUCCAGUUCCAUCCUGACUGCAGUCUACAUGGCGGUGAAAAUGAGGUUGCUACGCAUCCCUCUGGCCAUCCAGAUGUAUGAGAUUGAUGAGGCGGACGUCAAAGUUGUCGAGGAGGCCAAGGACAAUGCCUCGCAGUCAUCCAGACAGCUCAGAACCAACAGAUUGUCUGCUUCAGUUGACACCAGUGCGCCCAGACAGGUUCCCUUGCCGCCGGCCAAUAAGAACUGGGUUGAUAUCUAUGUCACAGAGGUUGUGGACGGCAAUCGUUUCUGGGCCCACUAUGCCGAUCAGGAAACCUUCAAGCAUCUGGAUAACAUCAUGAGACAAACCAAUGGUCCAAGCAUGCGGAGUGUACUGCUUGAUGAGCAGCCUAAGGCAGGAGUGUACUGCUUGGCCCCGUUCACUGAUGAGGAGAAUGACAGGAAGUAUUACAGAUCACGCAUUGAGGCCGUGCAGACUAACGGGAACAGAGUCAGGGUGUUCUAUUUGGACUACGGGAAUCUAGGAGAAGUUGAUAAGCAGGAAUUGCGAAAGAUGCCCAGAAGUCUGCUAGAAAUACCAUUUCAGGCUUUUGAGUGCGUCCUGUGUGAGACCAAGCCAUUCUAUCACCUGCCUAACAACCAGUGGUUGCCCGUAGCAACCCAGCGACUAACUCAGCUGGCCUGUAAUAGAAUCAUGACGGCGAAGGUGUUUUCUGUGGUGAGUGGCACGCUGCGCGUGGAUCUGUACGACUGCUCCCAGGAACCCUCACUCCACAUCAAUCAACUGUUGAUCAGGGAAGAAGUAGCGGAUCGAGCGGAGGAACCAUACGUCUCCAAGCUGAACAAUCUACAGAGGCAAGAAGAAGCCGACUACAAGUUUGUGGAUUCCGGCUGGGUGGAGGUUCCCCGGGCGACACUGCUGGGAACCAGUGAGCAGAGAGCCAGGCCAAGGGGCAAGGCAUUUCUGCGAGGUCCCAACAGUCCGUAUGAGUUCAGCUUUGGCAGUAUGACCCGAGUUGGAAGACUCAAAGCAACUAAAGUGGAGAGGGAUAGCGUCAACUCAGUCGCCCUGAGCAGCGCCCCCGAGGAGAAGUUUGACAAGAUGAUGGUUGCGGCUCACGUGGGUCUGAACCACGCGGGCAACACGCUGCUAGCUAGAGACACCACCUUAAUGCCAAACAUACCGGAUCUACCUGCCUUAGUCUGCAUGCUGUUUGCCCCAGUCAUGGAACUCAGGGCCGAUAAGAACAAGACCAGACUAACCAGCGCACUGUGUGGUCUGGGAUAUGAUCCAGAGACCAAAGGGGCCGUGUUGCCAGACCAUGACAUCGAGGUGACCUUUGACACCCUCAUAACCAGCCCCGACAUUGCCAUGAUCAAUGGGAUCCGUCUUGCCAUAAAUCUUGCCAUCGGUUCCCAGAAUGCUAUUGCAGGUUGGGGGUCGUCAGCGGUCGACAAGAUUCAGUUGGAGGCCAAAGCACUGUUACUCAAAUUGCUGCAGAAGAAAAGGGAACCAGCCGAACCGGUUCACUACGGCAGGGCGUACCUAUGGAAUCAGGUUGAUCCCAGUGACCACAUAUAUUACGACCGUGAUGCGGACACGGCGGAGUAUCCCAAGUUGUACGAAUUCCACAACAGCAUCACGCUGAACUCCUGGGUGGCCGACGAGGACGACUUGAGAAACCUGCAGGAGCAGAAAGCUCACCUGGAUCACCUCCACUCAUUGGCCAACAGGUCCACUGUUCCCUUUGACAAGCCUGCCCACUGCUGGCUGUGUGAGACCGUCUUCUACACUCCAAGAGAUCUUCUCUUUCAUCUCGGCAUGCAGACGCACAUGGAGGAGGAACGAACACUGACCCAGGACUACGAAACAUAUUUCCAGUGAAACAAAGAAAAGGUCCCGAGGAAAGGCAAGACGGUAAAAGUGUCAUUGGCAUCGCCUUGAGGGCCAUCUCCAUCCUCCGCAUUUGGACCGGAAGAUCUAUUUUUUAAGUCCGAGGCUGAGCUUAUUUGCCUAAAGACAGGAAACAGUAGGCCCCCCAGCAAGGCCAUAAUCCUACCUUCAUUAGCCCCUCAUCAUUGGAGACAGGAGGUCAUC